UUAGAAAGAAGUCCUCCUAAGGAUAUCCAAGAUGUGUUGAAAAUAAGCUUUGAUGAAUUAGAUUAUGAAGAGAAGGAAUUAUUCUUAGAUAUUGCAUGCAUCUUUAAGGGGGAGAAUAUAAAUCUUGUAAUAAGUGUUAUGGAUUCUUGUGGCUGCUCCACAGAGAUUGGGUUAAGUGUUCUCAUUGAUAAGUCCCUUGUUAUUGUAUCAAAUUAUAAGAUAACAAUGCAUGAUUUACUUGAAGAAAUGAGUAAAGAAAUUGUUCGACAAGAAUCUAUUGAAAAUCUUGGUAAACGCAGUCGUUUAUUUCACCAUAAAGAUAUAUAUCAUGUUUUGACAAGAAAUAAGGGGACUGAAGCAAUUAAAGGCAUACAUUUAGAUGUGUCUCAAGUAGGAGAAAUACACUUAACUCCUUAUGCUUUUUCAAAGAUGCCAAACCUAAAAUAUCUCAAAGUCUAUAGCUUGCACAGUGGAGAAGAUUUUAAUAAGUUGUAUGGAUUUCAAGAUGUGGAAUCUGUGUUCGCUAAGCUAAAGUACCUCUUUUGGCCUAGAUAUGCAUGGUCAACAUUGCCUUCUAAAUCUCAGUCAUUUGGUUACAUACACGAUCCAAAUUGUUAUAUAUGUUUUCCUGGAAGUUCAAUUCCAGAUUGGUUUACCUUCCAAAGUAAAGGAUCAUUUAUAGAGCUGCUACCGGGUUGUUUGAAUGAUGACCUAGUGGGUUUACUUUUCUGCAUUGUUAUAUCACCCCGAGACCAUCAUGAUGAGGUGAAAGACUUCAAUGUUAAAUAUGAGUUACAUCUAAAAUCAGAUGGUGGGCAAUAUGCGAAAAAGGCGGAGGGCUCUUGGUCCGUUUUGGCAACUCUAGACUCAGACCACAUAUUCUUGGGUUACAAAGCUUUUUGGUCCGCUCAAUUCUGUUCCAAUAGUGAAGUUUUGUUUCAAUUCUAUAUUGAAGAUUGGGAAGGUAGACCACUUGAAUGUUACAAGGUGAAUGAGUGCGGCGUCCUGUUCUACCCUGAAGCUAGUGACGCAUCACACGCCAAAAGACAAAAGUUGGCCUGGUGAGAUGUUUUCAGCUGCUUGAUUUGUAGGAAUACCCUCUCUUGAAUAUUCAACUAAAUAAAUGUAUAUAAAUAAUGAUACGACAUUAUCAUCUAAUUAGAAAGUAAUAAAACAAAUACAAACAAAUUGUAAAAACUUAUAUAUAUAAUUUGAUAUAGUAUCAUUUGUAAUA